AUGGCUGCCAACGCUUCACCUUCUGAGCAACACCCAACUUCGGAGCAGGAGUAUGAAGAAGUGCUGGCUCGGCUGAAUUCCUUGAUUCGGACGAAAAGGAGGGCAGAUGGCGGCUCAUGGGAAGAGGCUGCGGCUAAGAUGCCAUCGCUCUUGCGAACUAUCGGCCUGCGUGAGGACGACCUAGACAGGCUGAGAGUAGUGCAUGUUGCAGGCACCAAAGGGAAGGGGUCGACUUGCGCAAUGGUGGAGAACAUCCUCAGGGCUUGUGGCUAUCGGACGGGGCUCUUCACCUCUCCCCACAUGUGCGAUUUCAGGGAGCGGAUACGCUUGGACGGCCUCAAAGUCAGCAAGGCAAGGUUGGUGCAGUCCUUCAGGCAUUGCUACGAGAUGCUGGAGCGGUCUGGGGAGCUAUCCAUGGCGGGUUUCUUCAGGUUUGCCACGCUUCUUGCGCUGAAGACGUUCGUUGUUGAGGGCGUGGAUGUGGUCAUACUGGAGGUGGGCUUGGGUGGCAGGCUGGAUGCCACCAACGCCAUCCCUCAUCCUGUUGUUUGUGGCGUCACAUCUUUGGGAUAUGACCACAUGGAAUUUCUGGGAAACACCCUGUUCGAAAUCGCCACGGAGAAGGCGGGAAUUUUCAAGGUGGGCUCUCCAGCGCUGACAGUGUCACAGGAGCCGGAGGCAAUGCGUGCCCUUGAGCGCCGGGCUGAGGAGCUGGGGGUAAGCCUUCAGACGGUGCGACCGAUUGACUCAUUUCAAGGGGGCAGCGAUGACCAGUGUGGGGGCCAGUUCCCCAGCAAUUAUCAAAGGGUGAAUGCAGCUCUGGCAGUGGCACUUGCCACUCAGUGGGAGCUCAGGACGGCUGAUGAGGUCGGUAGCAAGAAUGCCAAAGAGCGGUUGGCCUUGCUUGAGAGCAACACCUUGCCCAGGGAAUACAUUGAAGGGCUUCGAGAGUUUCAAUGGCCAGGACGGGCACAAAUCAUCGAGGAUGGCCACAAUCCAAGCACAGCAGGAGACAGCGAUGCAAAAUGUGGCGAAAGCAAGGGGUUGACAUUCUACCUGGAUGGGGCACACACACCAGAGAGCCUCUCAGCUUGUGCUGAAUGGUUCGCCGAUCAGGCAGGGCAGGCAAAUGCACGUGAACGAGGCGAACAAGAGAGACAGGGGGAGUGCUCAGAAAACAUUCUUCUAUUCAAUUGCAUGAGCGAACGUGACCCAAAAGUGCUCCUUGGGUCGCUGAACAAUGUGCUUUUGCAAAAGGGCAUUCCCAUACAUCGAGCAUUGUUUGUUCCACCUGAGUCCAACAAGUCAUCAAUGAUACGCACUGUGUGCUCAAGCUCCGUUGAUCUCUCCUGGCAAAGAGAGCAAUGCAGGGAAUGGCAGAGGUUGAGGGCACACGUCCAGCCCACCAUUGUGCGUCCCAAAUUCGAUGGUUCCAUCCCAGUGGCAGCUGGGUGUCCUUUUCCAGAUUCUCGAAGGGGAGCUGUGGUGCCCACAUUGCGGUCAGCAUUACAAUGGAUAAGGACAGCGCCCAAGCUCUAUUCUGGAAUAAGGUUUCGAGUCUUGGUGACAGGGUCCCUGUAUCUUGUGGGCGAUGUCCUCCAGCUGCUUGAUCGAGCCCCCAGGUGA